GCCUUUUAAGAAUCCUAAAUACUCUUCGCCGAAGAAGUCGAAAAAUCUGAAACAAGUGCUAGCUCUUGAAAAGGCACAGGAACUUGCACUUGAUAUCCCUACAUACCAAAACAUCGAAUGUCCACCCUCUGUCUUGCCGCAGAAGAAGUAUUGUGAUAUUACUGGUCUUGAUGCUAAAUACACUGAUCCAAAGACGAGCUUGAGAUAUCACAAUGCAGAAAUUUAUCAAUUUAUUCGUACUUUGGGUGUACCAAAUGUGCAGACAUACUUGGCCAGCCGAAAUGCAGCCGUUGUAUUGAAGUAAAACUAUAUUGGCAGCUGUUAUAUAUUGUUUUAUGUUACAAUAUAUAUAUGUGUGUGUGUGUGUCUGUGUUAUAUGCACAAGCAAAUAUUAAAAAUCUGGAUCAUAAUCAUCUGAAUCAUAUACAUCGUUGUGUCCUUCUAUAUCAGAUCCACCCUACACCAGAAAUGAAAUUAAAUGAAAUGUAUAUAUAUGUAUUUGAGACAAACAUAAAAAUUUCGUUUAUGUAUAUACAGUAUGUUAAAUAUAGACAUUUAAGAGAUCAAAUUACCAUUUC